AUGGACAAUAAAACGUCAAUCGGCAUUUCAAUUAAUGAAAAAGAAAGAGCCAAGGCACCGAGACGCUCUCCAAGUAUCACAUCGUCCAUCAGCAGCGCGGAGACAGCGACUUCCAAUACGCAGGCACCAUCUACGUUCAAUCCGAGCAGAUCUCUAUUCAUAAACUCCCAGGGAGUCCGUCUCAUCCGCCUCCCUGUCGCCUCCUACGAGCUAGAGGUUAAUAUCCACAACCCAGAUGGCUCAGUAGCAUAUGUCUCCCGACGCGAAAAGCGGUCUUCAGGAGAUGCAACGCUCUCCUCCCCUCAGUUCGGAGACCUACUUAAGACAUGCUACUUCUUCGGGCCUCAUCGCGACCCUGUGAUUCAUACGAACACAGACACUGCCGUCAAUGCCUCUACUCCCGAAAUCAAAGUCGUGGGAAAAUGGAAUUCUCGCACGCAAUACUUCACCACGUUCUACGGCGACUCUUUCCAAUGGCGGUACAUCCAAUGUGAUGAUCCUCGCUGGAAUUGCAAGAAGCUCCUUGUCCUGGAGAGUCUGGAGAAUAAUAAUCCCGACAGGAUUGGCCGACGUGUUGCCCAAUUGGUGAGGAAUGAGCAUACCAGACCGCAGGGUGCUUCAAAAUCUGCGGCUGGCAAUGGAGGGGAGUUGCUCCUGGAUGAUCGUGCGAUAGGGGUAGAGGUCGACGAAGCACUGGUGGUGGCAACUUGUUUGCUGAUGUUGAAGAAAGAAAUUGAUCGGAGGAGGAUGGCAGAAAUAGCGGUCUUUGGGAUUGCGGCAGCCUGCUGA